CCUCGUGCUCUGUGUCCGGGUUCUGGCGUGAAUCUCAAAUCUUUGGACUUUUGAAGUUAAUUCAAUCAAAAAGAAGUUAGUUUUAUCACCAAUCCCAGUGUGUACAGAAGUCUUCUUGCGGUUUUCAAACAAAGUAUAGACAAUACAAUGAAAAAUAAAAGUAAUUUAACUCCAUUCUGCUCUAAUUUCCUUAUUUAGUCAAAUUCAACCUGAUGGGGAAAAAAAAAAAAAAAACUGUUUCUGGUGAUACUGCCUUGAUCAACAAAUGAAUGCAUUCAUGCAUCACGUGUGGAGGCACUGGCCCUGACUGAGUCCUACUCAUGAUUCAGUCAGUGGAGAUGAAGUUACACACCUAACACAAAGACGUCUCACAUCAAGUGGGCGUGGACGCAGAACAGGUGAGUGGAGAAGAUCUCCAACAGGAAGUUGCUACAGGUGGAUUGCGCUGCUUUGCUCUAAGCGAAAACAAGCAGGUAAAAGGAGAUGCCAGACAGGGGAAGACACCAUCAGAGGAGUGAUGUGUCCGCAGAGUACAAGAGCAGGGAUUACUCACACAGGGGACAGCACUCUCUGUACGAUACCCAGAGACGCAGCCAAAACCCAGGAGGCGUGGAGGAGUGGUUCAGCAGUGACAGAAGAACCAAAGAGAACAGAAAGAGAGACGUGACAACGGGUCAUAAGGGGUCAGCUGCAUACAUUGCUCAUGAAAGGCCCUCAACACUGCCCAGAGAAACAUCAGUGUAUCACCAUGAGGUUUAUCAACAACAGCACAGAGAAGCCAUGUACAAUUUAAGGUACAUGCUGACCUCUAGAGGCAUCUGCCAGCUCAUGGAGAUCUCUGUGAAUCUCCUUAUCAUAAUCUGCGCCGGAGUGCCGUACAGCAACAACGGGGGCUACCGCGACCUGGCCAGCCUCGGAGGAAUCUACGCUUAUUACUUUGGAGGUGCCAGCGCCUUCACUGGAGCCGAUGCAGACAGAGUCAAGGAGCUGGACCGCCUCUUCCACCAGCUCAAGCGGCCUCCGUAUGUCUAUGCAAUGGCCUGCGGUGGGAUUUUGAUGGCAUACGCCUGUGUCAUGUUUGGCCUGGGGGUCUUCAGGGUCACCUACCGCUGGCCCAUUGCGCUGCUUGUGGAGGCCGUUGUGAAUUUUCUGAUUGGUUUAGGUUACAUCGCUGGGUUGGCUUUCUACUUUAUUAAAAUACAGGAAACCUACCAAAACCCCAUCUGUCAGGAGAGGGAGCAGAUGUACAAGAGCAAAGGACACAAGGGCUUUGAGUGCAGCUUUAAUGGUGCAGACAUCGCAGGAGGAUUGUUUGGAGUGGCAGGGUCUUUUGUUUUCAUCUUUGGUGGGGUGCUGGCAGUCAGAGCCUUCAGAUCAAUGCGAGAGCAGAAGAAUGAAAGAACAAACGAGGACAAUUAUUUUUAAGCAUGCUUUUCUUACUCAUAUUAGAGAAAAUGUUUAACAGAUUGGAAGGGAUUUCCAUUAAGUCUUUUUAUGUACUUAAUUUCUUUAUAUUAGUUGGAAUACUUUUUUUUAUUCUUGAUGCUCUUUUCUUAUUUUUUUUGUAAAUGUCAUAAUAAACAGCCAGAUGAGUGUACAUACAAUUUCAUUUUUUGGCAUGGAAAAAGAGGUAAUUGAAAAACAAGUUAGAGUCACCCUAACCCUAAACGGAUAAAAUACUUUUUAGGAAUAUUAGGAUUGCUUCUCUUUUGACAUAAAACAACCUUUUUAACCUUAUCUUGAGAUCUUAACAAUGCAAAGAGCUACUCUGGUGGUUUGAAAAUAUUUACACAAGAAGUUUUAUGUGUAGCUUUGUUGAUUUGAUUCACAUUUAUAACAGUGAGUCUUUAAAUCUUUGGUAGACUGAAGGUUGCAAUUCUAAGCUUCUCCAGUAGGUGGCAUGUACUUUAUGAACCUAAGCAAUAAAAACAUGCAGAAAUCUAAAGCCUAGUUACAUGUGGCUUGUAGAGAUAAAAGCCUUUAACUUAAGCUAACAGAUACAUUAGAUGUGUGAGGUUAAACUGCUAAACCACUGUUUGUACAGCAAAAAAAUAUAUAUUUUUUUGUCUAAAAUGCUGUGUUUUGGUGAUAAACUCAAUUAUAUCAAUUAUAAAUUGAUAUAUAAGCACAAGAAUACACAUAUACAAACCAUCCUGCCCUUUUAUUCCUUAUGUUUUAGACAUUUGAUAUUUGUCUUCAAAUAGACAUUUUUGACUGACUCGUGUAGAGCAACUAAAAAUGAUCAUAAACAUGGUCAUCAAAAUGAAGCUGGACAAAACCAUUCACAGUAAAAAGUUUUAUUGCUACUUGGCUUAAAGUUAAUUGAAACCCCCCCCCAAAAAAAAAAAUAUCAUUAAAAACUGAAAAUAAUAAUAGCAGCAUCUGAAAUAAAAAAUGAUUAUCUUUUAUUUCACAGAAGGUUCAUAUGAGCAUAAGUCUCUGAAAAACAGCAAAAGUGCUCUUUGUUAGCUCCAUUCCUAAACAAUGUUAUUGUUCAUUACUCAACAUAAAUUUUUAGCAGCAAUCAGCAUGCUAGAAAAAAAUAUAUUGGAUAUGCUUCAUUUUAUACAAAUAAACCAUAUUUUGUAUAUACAUGUUUCUCAGUUGACUUUGUGUUUAGCACAUGCUUCCAGUAUGAAAUACAGUUACAGUUAGUACCCUCAAUGGUGCCCUAACGAGUGACAGUUUUCUGAGGAAUCCCUAUAGUUUUCAAUUCUGUAGCAAGAGGGUGAUAGAAAUUUGCUUGAUACAAUGAAGUACAAAAAUAAACAUCAAGCUUCUUGGCAUCGAGAAAAUAAAAAUAAAAAUCAAGCAUUUAAAAAAAAAACAAUCUGCAGAAAGGAAACAUGACAUUAGACAGUGGCUACUUUGGUCACGUGUUAUACAGUUGGAGCGCCUCUGAUCGGUUUCGUUCACAGUUCACACAGAGUUACAGUCAAACCAUUGGUCACACAGGCAUGCAUGCACUUCACACUACACAGAAACACAGAUACUUCUGCAAGCUUGUUUAGAUGUGCAAAGAGGAAGUACUACUCCAAAUGAACGAAUCACGAGAAAAAACAAUGCAGUCUGCUUUAAUGUGAAUUCACUCUUCUUAGGAAUGUUUAAGGAGUAUUGUGCCAAGUGUUUUGAACCAAAGCACAUUCUUCAACACCUCCCUCUUCCUGUUUCUGUGCAUCCAGUUCCAGACAGAUUUCAGUGCACAACGACUGCCUCAUCAAAAAUAAGACAUACUUGAAGCUUGAAAAAAAAAAACACAGCUGAGGAUAAUAUGGCAUCAUACAGGAAGGAGAUGGCAACAGUCUAAGAGGGUCAAAUGAUGUCAAAAAUGGGUUUAGUUAGUUUGGAGAACACUACAGAGAAAUGUCAUAUUCAUUUUUGGACCGGCAACAAACCACAAAAGACAGCAGGUCAAAUGGACGGGGCAGACUCACAAAAAAAAUGCUCAGUGAGACAUAUAAACACAACCCCGACGACAUCAUACACACGCACAGCACUCGAUAUUAAGACAUUUUAAGUGACAGGACUUAUGUGGUUUCGGGCGGCAAAGUGUCAGUCUCAUCACAUUUAUAUUUACACUUGACAUGUUGCAUAUUUUACAAGAGAACUCAAAAGAUCACACCAUUUAGUGAAACCUCUGGGAAAGUUCAAGCUCUCCUCUGUUGACUCGCACAAUCAUAAUCUGUCUCAGAAUGUCUGCAGCGUCCGCGAACGUCUCGCUGACUUCGGGCCAGACGCCAGAUGCAUCGUGGACGUCGGAACCACAGAGACCCACGUGUUUGGCAGCUCAGACACAGGUCGAUAAAGUGACAAGAAUUCAUUACUAGCUUUAGCAAAGUGCUCUGUAGGUAAAAUCUGUACUUUUUAUAACUUUAGAAAAAUAAUUCACGGGCUUUGAUAAUAUGCAUGAUACAAUGUGAAGCUAUACUUUUUUUGUAUUAUAUUUUAGGGAGAUUUUGAUAUAGAGAAAACAAACAAGCUCAACAUUUUUUGAUCAAGUCUUAGCCAUGAAUAUAAGCAACAGAAUAUGUUCAGUCUGAUUUGUGAAAAUGAUAAAAAAUAAGUUAAAGACAGCAUAAAAAUGAUGUGUGAUUGCAAGGAAACAGACACAAACAAGCUUUGUAAAUAAAUGUGACAAGCACAACAAAAACUACCGUUCGUUUGGUGAUAUUACUUUCGACUACCUUCCGCUUUACUGUCAGUGGUUUCCUUUACAAGUAAUGUUGUGUGUGACUGAGGGACCUGUUGUUAAACUGUUAAACAUUAAGUGUAACACACGUGACAGCAGAUUUAAUUUUUUUUUUUGUACAAAGUGCUCAUAGCAGAGUUACUUUAGUUGAAGGUACAACAACUUGGCAAGCAAGAAACUGAGGAUUCCUCACACUUAAGGCCUACACAUGCUCUGGAAAACAGAAAAAAAUAAAAAAUAAAAAUCACCCCAGGACCGACGUUCUUGUAGUUUGUCCUUGAAACAGCAUCUGGCAAGGACUUUUUUUCUUACAUAUGCAAAAGAAACUAAUUUCUCAGAUUUUU